GGUCCUGUCUCCAGCGGGAGCGCGAGACGCUGGUCAGGCUCCGCGGCGCCGCGGAAAAUGAGCACUCGCCCCCGUUGACUCGAGUCGCCGCGCCGGCCGCGCCGCGCUGCCUUCUCCAUUGCUCCCCGAAAAGCGAAUCAAAACAAAAAGCCAGCAGCCAACCAAGACUCCGGCUCGUCGCUCGCCUUGUUUUUUUCACCGCCUGCGGGAUUCGCGAGCCGCGUUACAUGCAUGUCCAGUGGGGGUAGGUUUAAUUUUGACGAUGGAGGGUCCUACUGCGGAGGCUGGGAGGACGGCAAGGCGCACGGCCAUGGCGUCUGCACCGGCCCCAAGGGCCAAGGCGAAUACACCGGCUCGUGGAGCCACGGCUUCGAGGUGCUGGGCGUCUACACCUGGCCCAGCGGCAACACGUACCAGGGCACUUGGGCGCAGGGCAAGCGCCACGGCAUCGGCCUGGAGAGCAAGGGGAAGUGGGUGUACAAGGGCGAGUGGACGCACGGAUUUAAGGGGCGCUACGGGGUGCGGGAGUGCACGGGCAACGGGGCCAAAUACGAAGGGACCUGGAGCAACGGGCUGCAGGACGGCUAUGGCACGGAGACCUACUCGGAUGGAGGGACGUACCAGGGCCAGUGGGUCGGYGGCAUGCGCCAAGGCUAUGGUGUGCGGCAGAGCGUCCCCUAUGGCAUGGCGGCAGUGAUCCGCUCGCCCCUGAGGACGUCCAUCAACUCCCUGCGCAGCGAGCACACCAACGGCACCGCGCUGCACCCGGACGCCUCCCCGGCGGUGGCCGGCAGCCCGGCCGUGUCCCGGGGCGGCUUCGUGCUGGUGGCUCACAGCGACUCCGAGACCCUCAAGAGCAAGAAGAAGGGGCUGUUCCGGCGCUCACUGCUCAGCGGGCUGAAGCUGCGCAAGUCCGAGUCCAAGAGCAGCCUGGCCAGCCAGCGCAGCAAGCAGAGCUCCUUCCGCAGCGAGGCRGGCAUGAGCACGGUCAGCUCCACCGCCAGCGACGUCCACUCCACCAUCAGCCUGGGCGAGGCYGAGGCCGAGCUGGCGGUCAUCGAGGACGACAUCGAUGCCACCACCACGGAGACCUACGUGGGCGAGUGGAAGAACGACAAGCGGGCGGGCUUUGGCGUGAGCCAGCGCUCGGACGGGCUCAGGUACGAGGGCGAGUGGGCCAGCAACCGGCGGCACGGCUACGGCUGCAUGACCUUCCCCGACGGCACCAAGGAGGAGGGCAAGUACAAGCAGAACAUCCUCGUGAGCGGCAAGCGCAAGAACCUCAUCCCGCUGCGCGCCAGCAAGACCCGCGAGAAGGUGGACCGGGCGGUGGAGGCGGCCGAGCGGGCAGCCACCAUCGCCAAGCAGAAGGCCGAGAUCGCAGCGUCCAGGACCUCCCACUCGAGGGCCAAGGCUGAGGCCGCCCUCACCGCGGCUCAGAAAGCGCAGGAGGAAGCCCGGAUCGCCAGGAUCACUGCCAAAGAGUUCUCUCCUUCCUUCCAGCACCGGGAGAACGGGCUGGAGUACCAGAGGCCGAAGCACCAGGGCUCCUGCGAUGACAUCGAGGUGCUGUCCACCGGCACACCGCUGCAACAGGAGAGCCCCGAGCUGUACCGCAAGGGCACCACCCCUUCAGACCUGACCCCGGAUGACAGCCCGCUGCAGAGCUUCCCUGCCAGCCCCGCAGCUACGCCUCCGCCGGCCCCCUCCAGGAGCAGGGCGGCCCACUUCUCACGACAGGUCUCAGUGGACGAGGAGCGAGGCGGGGACAUCCAGAUGCUCCUGGAGGGCCGGGGAGGGGACUACACCCGGAACAGCUGGGGUGAGGAGAAGGCAGGGGGCUGCAGGGGUGUUCGCAGCAGCGCCCUGCGCAGCAGCCAAGGCACCGAGGACUUCCGCACCCGGGGCGCGGGCCACAAGCAGCCCGGGAACCCCAAGCCCCGGGAGCGGCGGACGGAAUCCCCCCCAACAUUCUCGUGGACUUCCCACCACCGGGCGGGCAACCCUGGCUCCGGGGGUGCCAAGCUGCAGGAGCCCGACGAGGAGCAGCUGAGCAACUACAAGCUGGAGAUGAAGCCCCUGCUGAGGAUGGACUCCUGCACACCAGAGCCGCACCCCCAGAGGAGACGCCACGGCCGGGGCGCGGGGGGCGACCGGCGCUCCGAGGACAGGGGCUUCGGGCUGCAGAGACUGAGGUCCAAGUCCCAGAACAAGGAGAACCUGCGGCCGGCCUCCUGCGGGGAGCCUACCGUGCAGAAGCUGGAGAGCCUGCGGCUGGGGGACCGGCCUGAGCCCCGGCUGCUGCGCUGGGACUUGACCUUCUCCCCACCCCAGAAGUCUUUGCCUGUCGCACUGGAGUCCGAUGAGGAGAACGGGGAUGACCUCAAGUCCAGCACAGGCUCAGCUCCCAUCCUGGUGGCCAUGGUGAUCCUGCUCAACAUUGGAGUCGCCAUCCUGUUCAUCAACUUCUUCAUCUGAGAGACUGUCCCGCUCGCAGAA